AUGUCCAACACCGAUUCCAUGGCUCGCAGCUCCUCCACCGUGCCCUCCAGCCAUCGCUCGGGCCUAAACACAGAUGAGCAUGACCGCCGGGAGAUUGUCUUCUAUGGUCGCGACAUACUGGAAUCUAUCCGAAUCGGUUGGAAGGCAGCCAAAUGCCUCGCUGUAGGAGAUGUCGGAGAUGGUAUCGAGGGUGAAGAAUUGGACUUUGCGUCCAAAGUCGAAAGGCUUGGUGUUUCCCGGCGUCGAGAGAUAGCGGCGCCGUAUGAGGUCGAUGAAAGCCAAAAUGUUGCGGUCAACCUUGUGCUCGAGGGCGUCCACAUCCCGACCGGAAUACUGGGGUCCUCCGAUAUGGCGCAGACGAUUCCAUGUUCUCAGGACGAGCGCGAUCUUGAGCAGAGCGAUUACCGCUGCUAA